UCCGGUCCCCCGAUUGCGAUAGGCAAGUUUCCGGCCUGCGAUCGGCGAAGAGAAACUUCAGGCGGUCACUGAAAUACAGGCAGACCAUAGAAACUUCUGAGAAGGGUUCUGCGUGGGAUUUUGAAUGUAUGGGUUUUAUCCAGAGAUGUCGCCACCACGUAAGUAGGAUUCCCAAGCUGGUGGGUUCUCAGCUUCGUCCUCCGACCAGUGGUGCAUGCUAUUUCUCCACGAGGUGCUUAAUGGUCCCAAACGCAUUGAAUAUUUCUGAACUUUCUCCAUCUUCUCGAGAUGAGAAAAACUGUGAGUCAAACCAGCCAAUUACAUAUUUUUCUUUUCCUGCAUUGCGAAGACCACAUUUGCUCGGAGCACCUUCCCAAAUUUCUGCAAAAUGGGGCCAAGUUAGGUUUCUAAAUGGUGAAAGAGUUACAUUAUCUAUGGAGAACGACGUUGUCAAAUUUACCGUGGACAAUCAAAGUGCCAAAGUUGAGGAUAAGACAAUGGGGAAGAAAAUGCCAAAGCGACUUAAGAUGUCAAGAAAAGCAAAACUGAGUGAACUGAGGUUUUAUCGGCUCAAAGCUAACAAAAAGAUGACAUCUCCAAAUCCAGAAGUUCGGAUUAGGUAUAAACUGGAAAAGGCAAAGAGGAAAGAAUUAUGGCUGAUUGAAAAGCUAAGAAAGUUCGACGUUCCAAAAGCUCCUGAGCAAGUCUAUGACCCUGAAAGUCUGACAGAAGAGGAGAGGUUUUAUCUUAAAAGAACUGGGGAGAAGAAAAAGAACUAUGUCCCAGUUGGCCGGCGUGGAGUCUUUGGGGGUGUUGUUCUUAACAUGCAUCUUCAUUGGAAAAAACAUGAAACUGUGAAGGUUAUAUGCAAGCCUUGUAAGCCUGGGCAGGUGCAUGAAUAUGCAGAAGAGCUAGCACGACUCAGCAAAGGGAUUGUGAUUGACAUUAAAGGUGACAACACAAUAAUUUUCUAUCGAGGAAAGAACUAUGUGCAGCCAAAGAUUAUGUCACCUCCAGAUACUAUAUCUAAGGCAAAGGCCUUGGAGAGGUAUAAGUUUGAACAAUCUCUUGAACACACAAGUCAAUUCAUUGAGAAGUUGGAGAAGGAGUUAGAAGAGUAUCACAGAUAUCUUGCCCUUUACAAGAAUAGGGAACAGGUUUCUGAGAAAUCCAAUAAAGGUUCUUGAAAAGUUAAACUUUGGAUGCAUGUGGAUGCCAUCUUCCCAUCACUGAAAAGGCCGAAAAUUUAAUUGCGAAGUGGGACAUAGGAGUGGACUGAAAGAAUCCUUGAGGCCCUGAUCCCAUUGAUUCUUCUUGUUUGAUAGAAAUUGGGCGUCAAUUAGAUUAUAUAUCCAGUUUAAGAAGCUUGGGUAUCAUAUUAGAACUACCUAAACUAGAGGCUUGCAUGUAGUUUGUUUGGUUUUUGUUGGAGGAAACAAGGUGGUUACAAGAUGUUAGAACCUUCAGUGAAACUGGUAAAAGCCAUUGAAGCAACCAAAAGGGUGAAAAGAAGACAGACUUCAGAUUCCUUAUCCACUGUUGACUGCAAUCAGCAUCGAGGCUCUUUAACCAGCAAAGCCUCACCUCCAAUUGUAAGUGUUGGAAGAUGCUUACCAUUACCCUGGGGUGUUUAGAUGGUUAACCCCAUACGGAUUCUAAAACUAACUCGAGUGCCUUAGACGUUUAUCUAAUAUGAAAAACACCAUUUUAUUCAUCUACAAAAUAUUCUAGUUGCCUUCAUUUUUAUUCAUCUAUAAGAUAAUCUACUUGCCAAAACUAUCGGUGUGAUUUAAUGUUUGUGAAUAUUUGUCUGGAUGGUACCGAAGGCUGGUGUUGAAGACAAGAAAUGUGAAAAGAAGGUUUUAUUUAUCUUUUCACCAUGAUUCUUUUCUUCUAGUAGCUACAUGCAUGCGAAAGUCCCACUAAUGCAUGAAAAAGGUGGCUGUAAACAGACUUGUGGUUGAAAGGAGUAAGAUGAAGUAACAUGGAAAAGUGGAACCACAGUAUAUAUCUCCAUAUUUCAUCAGAAAUGGAAGGAAAGUUUUGUUCUUUCCAGGAAAGUUUUUGUUCUUUCCAUGAUUUGACGUGAUUAAAAUUGUCACCAUUUGUUAACUCCAUACGCACAUUUGAAUCCUCUAGGUGUUUCAACUAAUUUUCUUGUUUCAUCAAGUUUCGAGGACUUUUUGCUGGUAGUUGCAGUUUAGUUCGUCCUUCAUUCUAUUAUUUUUCUUUCUCAGUUUGUCAAUUGCAUUUUCACUUAUGUACUGCAAUUUAUAUGACAACGUUUUACCUUUCGGAUCAUACAAUCCAGUCAAUACAUUUUUUUGGGCUUUGCAUUUCUGCUGGCAAUUUGUUACCUUUAUUACAU